AUGGCUGCACGCAACGAAGUAAAACCAUUGCCUAAUUUACCCAACUAUGUAUUUGGUGAAAAAUUAGGCGCUGGAUCAUAUGGCACUGUAUACAAAGCAAAACUGAUAACGACUUCUCAGUCUCAAGUGAAUUCAGCUGCAUGUGCUCGUACAAAUUUCUAUGCCAUUAAGUGUAUCAAUCGUAAAUCGCUGACGAAAUCUACUCAAGAUUUACUCAUCAAUGAAAUAAAAUUACUUAAACUUAUCAAACACGAAAAUAUUGUUGAAAUGUACGAUUUUCAGUGGGACGAAAAUUAUAUUUAUAUUGUAAUGGAAUAUUGCGCUGGAGGUGAUAUGUCAAUGUUUAUACGUUCUAGACAGCAACUAUCUGAAGCUCGCGCACGACCAUUUGUACAACAGAUUGCUCGUGUAUUGAAAUUUCUUUAUGAAAAACGAAUUAGUCAUAUGGAUUUAAAACCUGAAAAUAUUCUUUUAACAUCGACUGAUAGGCCCAUAUUAAAAGUAGCGGAUUUCGGCGUAGCACAACACAUAGGCAAACGGGGUAGUCGAAGUAUUCGAGGAACGUUACUCUACAUGGCUCCGGAAAUACUUUCUUCUAAUCCAUAUGAUAAUCGCGUCGAUCUUUGGUCAAUAGGAAUUAUACUAUAUGAAUGUCUUUUUGGUCGACCGCCGUUUGUUUUUUCAUGUGUUGAUGAACUCGUAGAAGAAAUUAAAUCAAGCAUUCCAAUUGAAAUUCCCAAUGAUGCUCGAAUCUCAUCCGAAUGUCGUAAUUUGCUUGAAGGUCUAUUACAACGAGAUCCAAAUAGGCGAAUUAGUUUUAGAGAUUUUUUUCGGCAUCCAUUCAUUUUUGUUGAUUUAUCAUCUCAAAUUGCUCGGGCAGAUGAUUUGUUUCAAAGAUCAAUUAACGCUGAGCAAUCAGGUGACCUUAAAAAAGCUCUUGAAUAUCGAGUGCGAGCAUUGGAUGAAUAUGUGGCUAUUAUUAAAAUUGAUGAAGAUCAUGAUCGAAAACGAAUAUUAAGAGCAAGAGUAAAAGAAGGUCUGAUUGCCGCUGAAUCUCUUAAAAAACGAUUGCUCACAAAAAAUCGUAAUGCUGGAUCGGCGCCAACAACAACUUCGUCUUCAACUGAAAAUCUUAAUUUAAAUGACAAUAAAGAACUUUCUGCCGCUUAUCAACGUUGUUUAAAUGGAAAUCAAUUUAUGAAUGCAUCUAGAUUUACUCAAGCUUGUGAUGAAUAUCAAAUCGGUUUGACUGUGAUGCUUCGUGCUGCUCGAACUGAAACGGAUCCUGCCAAGAGCAAAAUCCUGCAUAAUAUGAUUUCAUUCUAUCUGAAUAAAGCUGAACUAUGUAAAAAUAAAAAUGAAGCUCAACAAUUAGACAUUGAUAUGGAAAAUAUUAAAGAAGACAGUGCGCUUGAUAGUACCAUGUUAAAUGAAUCUAAUGUCGAUACAGAAAAAAAACAACGAUCGAAUGGACAACAAAAUUGUCGUCUACAGUGA